AUGGAGUCAGUGGUGAGAAGUGAGAUUAUUCUGACAUUUUAUAUCAUUUCCUUCCUGAUUGGCCUUCCAGCCAAUCUGGUGGCUCUUUAUGCCUUCAGUGUCAAAAUCCACUGCAAGCCGCUCCCAACAGACAUCCUGCUUCUGAACCUGACUGUGUCCGACCUGCUCUUCUUGAUAAUCCUUCCUCUCAAGAUGCACGAGGCAGCAUCAGGGAUGCAGUGGAAUCUGCCCAACUUCUUGUGCUCCAUCACCUCCUUUACCUUUUUCUCUACAAUAUACACCAGCUCCUUACUGCUGAUGGCCAUUGCCGUGGUCCGCUACAUAGGAGUGGCCUUUCCUAUUACCUAUCGGCUAUUGCAGAAACCUGUGUACCCGAUCAUCAUCAGUGCUGUUAUUUGGCUGAUCUCAAUGGGACACUGCAGCAUCACUUUCAUCAUCCAGCACCACCCAUCUCUCUCCAGCAUAAACUCCUCUGUCUGCUAUGAGAAUUUUACAUGGAAGCAGCUGGAGAUUCUCCUCCCAGUGCGUUUGGAGUUUUUCUUUGUGGUCUGCUUUAUACCUCUUAUAAUUUCCAUUUUCUGCUACCUGCGCUUGAUUUUAAUUCUGUACAGCCGUCCCAGGAUAUCCUGGAAGCAGAAAAGGAAGGCUAUUGGCAUGGCCUUGGGGACUCUUGCUGUGUUCCUCAUUUGUGUUCUGCCAUACAAUUUCUCUCAUCUAGUGGGUUUCUUCCAGGGUAAGAGCCCUGAAUGGAGGUACUACACUUUGCUUCUCAGCACAUUAAAUACCUGCAUCGAUCCUAUCAUAUUUUAUUUUUCCUCCUCAAUCUUCCACUGCACUAGCAAAAAAUCUAUUUUCAGAAAGCAUCGUCUUGAUGUAAAAAUGGAAAUAAGGGAC